AUGGAUUCUGGUAAAAGGCUGGUAGAUGAAUCUGGAGGUGGGCGCAGGGAGACCUCCAACUGGCGUAAGGCCGUGAGCCUGGCGAGAAGACUGUUGAGAGUCUCACAGGUAUUGACCGUUUCAUUCAUGCCACAGCAUAAGACAUGGGCCUUGUGGGUGUACUCCGCAAUCUCAGGUCACUCAGCACACGCUCUCAUGAACAUUUGGCAGCGCCCGAAGUCACCAGUGGACAAUUUGAAGUGGAUGUCCCGUGGCAACACGAUGCGGACCAAGGCACUCAAUCGACACGAUACAAGGGCUAUGCGACAAAGCUGA